GUGUACAACGUCCACUAUACUAUGAGCAUUAAUGGAAAAGUACAAGAUGGAUCAAUGGAAAUAGAUGCUGGAAACAACUUAGAGACAUUCAAAACAGGAAGUGGGAGUGAAGAGGCAGUUGAAGUCCACGAUUUUCAGAUCGGCAUAACUGGGAUCCGUUUUGCUGAAGGAGAAAAGUGUUACAUCAAAGCUCAGCCAAAAGCUCACAUCCCUGAAGUUGAUGCUAUGGCUAAAGCGAGCCUCUCAUCUGAGCUGGAAGAUGAAAUCAUGCCUGUGAGAUUUGACAAAAACUCCCUUAUCUGGGUGGCUGCAGAUGAGCCUAUCAAGCAUAACAGCUUCCUAAGCCCCAAAAUUCUAGAGCUUUGCAGGGAUCUUCCAAUUUUCUGGCUGCGACCAACAUAUCCCAAAGAUAACCAGAGGAGACAAAUGAAGAGAAACAAGCGCCAGCCAGAACCAAACUUUGAUGAGGAAGACUUGGAAGCUGCUUCUGAAGAAGUAAACCCCAGGUCACACACCGUGCAGCUGACUCAAGAGCUUGGCCACCAGGCUAACGAAACCAGGCCGAUGGCACAAGAAACUGAUCAAACAUUUAAUCCAGACAACCCAUACAAUCAGCUGGAAGGUGAAGGGAUGGCCUUUGACCCCAUGCUGGAUCACCUGGGCGUGUGCUGCAUCGAGUGCCGGCGGAGUUACACGCAGUGCCAGCGGAUCUGCGAGCCCCUCCUGGGCUUCCAGCCGUGGCCCUACAACUACCAGGGCUGCCGCAGCGCCUGCCGCCUCAUCAUGCCCUGCAGCUGGUGGGUCGCGCGCAUCAUGGGCGUCGUGUGAGCAAAUCCCUGCUCCAAAACAAAACAAACUCAAUGGAGCCUUGACAAAAUGAGCAGGAAUACAAUGAACUGGUAAAAGACUAAAGCCAAAGCAGCGGUACCGAUCCUGCCUUACAAAAUCAGAGCCUGUUUUUCUGCACCAAAAGCAAGGUCAGAUAUUCCAGCUGCAAAUUAAAUGCUCAAGUUAAUAUUUCAUUAGCUUUACAAGAGGCAAGGGUAUAAUAGCACUUGCUGAAUUAAAAAACUGAGACUUCCCCAAAAAAGACAACAUUAAACUUUGCUCAAAAUUGGUUUAGCAGCCCAGAAGCUUCCCCAUACAUCUAAAUUCAGCCUUUCAAAACAAACGCCUCUCUUUCCAAGCUAUAUGUGAAAAUUUACACCCAAUUAAGCAACUAGCUCAACUUGUACACUUGGGAGUGCCUUUAAUCCAUGUAGCUUACUUAAAUAAAUCACAACUUAAGUUGCUCCCUGUUGCUAUUCAGAGUUGCCAGGUCAUUAUGAAUGGUUAUAAACCAAUUACAGCAUACCUUUCCCACAAAGCUGCUCCAGGGCACACGGGAAAGCGCACAUUGUGCUAAAUCGGAAACAAACAGCAGGAAAAAGGGCUGUGGAAGGGGAUGUGAGUGGCCGCAGAAUCAAAACCCUUCGCACAUCCCAACUUCAAAGAAGCCCCAGCAUCAAGAAUCCUGUAUCCAUGAUACCACUGGAGUGUCUAACAAGUAUCUGCUAUCCAGCUACUACAGCAAAAGUAUUUACAUGCAGUUACAGAUCAAGGAGUCUCAAGACCGUUCAGAAUGUACAACAGCCACUGUUAUUUAUAAAUCCUUGAACUAGACACUUUUGACACAAGAUUACAACCCUUCUUUAUUUCACAUGGAUAGCAGCCAUUCACACCAGUUCCUUUAGUUUUGCUGAAGCUCACAUCCCUUCCCCACAAGAGAAACUGUUUACCAGAAGGGAGGGGGAAAAAAGAAAAGCCUUUUUUUUUUCCCUCUCCUUUCUCACCUCACCCUUUUUGCUAAGGCAAACUCAGCAAUUAUUGGGAUUGAUCCCAUUACACAUUAAAUCUCUAAGGAAGGUACUAAGCUGAAACACUCAAAGGUGGAACAAUUUAGUAUUUCUAGCCUUGAAAAACAAAAUUAGUGGUAUUACACUGCCUUUAUCCAUAUUAUGUAUCUUGAACCCUACCUUCAAGUUUAUGGAGCCAUCUACAUGAUCUUUAUUUACAAAAUGGUUCAGCUUUUCCUAUAGUCUGCUUUCUGGAGCAUUCAUUUUUGUGACUAAACAGCUCUUGAGAUGUUGCAAACCCAGUAAUGUUAUUAACACUGCGUGACACACAGAAAAAGAGGAAUUAAUUUGACAUAAUCGUGGCUUAAAGAAAAUAAAGACAACCUCAUGUGGAAUGCUAAACUGCAUAACUGAAAAGCAAAGUGUUAAAUGAGAAUAAGAUGAAAGCAGAAUUCAGUAUUUUGUUCUAUUGUAGCUUUUUAGUAUAAACUUCACCUUCCCUUAAUCUGAAGGACAGACUUGCUUUGAAAUAUUUAAAUUAUAAACUUCUUAAAGUGGGAUUUCAAGGCCUGUUAAAUUUGAGUUUCUGCUUUUUAAACUGAAAAUGACCUUGAUCAUUAUGUUGUUUUAGAAGUACAUCUAUCAUAUGCUUAGAAAAGUCAGUUUUCCUUUUUUUUUUUACUGCAGAUUAAACAAACACAUUAAAAAAACCCCAGUUGCUUUCUGUGCCUUUUUCAGUGUAGAAGGUGUAACAAUUCUUUCACAUACUCAUUAAAGAAUUGUCUGAGGAGAAGAAGGGCAUCAGCAAGUGAAACACUGGAGGCAAAGAGAGAGAAAUGUGAUUGUGUGUAUGUCUGAACUAGACUGUUGCUCUCUUUUGCAUCUUGAGGCAACCUGUCAUCUGCUUCUCUCUGUGUCCCCCAGUAAAACAGCCUCCUUCUGAAGACACAAAACCAACUUUCUGGUAGGUGAUUUCCAUGUCUACACAUACUUAACAGAAUUAAUUUUUAACAAAAGCUUGUAAUCAUUUGCUUUCUACAGGCAGUCACAAAGCAUGUAAGAAGUAAAAACAGCAUCCUGCUCAUGCAUAUAGAGCUGUCACAUAUGGCAUGUACAUCUCAAGAACAUGUCUGUGCACACCAUGCCACAAAAGCCACAGUGACCAUAACAUUUAUCCAUUUCCAAGAGGUAGGAAACAAAAUGUCUCCUCCGACUCAAGCUUCUAGUGAAGAAAUUCCUAUUUACAUUCAUAUUGGAUUUAAAGAGAGAAAAGUAAAGACCUCAUGCUGCAGCAAGGUUGGAAAAAACCAAUCUUCCCGUCAAAAUCUGAUUUUGAAGGAAAAGUUCUGAGACAACGCAGGGAUAGCAGUAAAACCAAAAAGCCAUCAGUGUGAAAAGAUGUUGUGAUAUUCCCUGUGGUUGUGGCUGAGACUCCAGUUCUAACCAUCCACAGUGCUCCUUUCACUACUGUACACUAUUUAGUGCCAGUAAAGUAGUAAGUUUCUCACUGCCAUUACAAAUGUCUUACCUUGGCACACUCAAGAGGUUACAACAUAUCACCAUUUGGGGAAAUACGGAGCAGGGUGUUCCUUGAACCUGACCCUGGGCCAGCAGAAAACAGCUAGGCCAAAGUUUAGGGAAAGAGAAGAGGAAUGAGUUUGUCAUCAACAGUGUCUCCCACCACAGGUGGGUGUGUUUGUCACAGCACUGCAGUUCCACUAUCCUUAAAACUUAAUUACCCAUGUGAUUCUACUAGGAGGAUUAGAAUGGCAGAGCAGAUUAGAGCAGAAAAAGGGGAUAAAUUCAGGCUGGUGAAAAAGAGAUGGAAAACAGGAAGCAUAUGGUUAAAUAGAUGGAAAGCCAGUGAUGAGAAGGCAGGAGGAAUCUUUUUACUAAAUCUACAGUUUCCUUUCUCCCCACUUAAAACAAAAGAGGCCUUUGUCCUUUUUCAUACAGGAAUCACCCUCCACUUGUAUCUACAUUGAAAAAGCAAAAAGCAGCUGGGAGCCAUGGGGUGAUGUGGCUUCUACCUCCCAUGUAACACUUCACCCCUACUGCAUCACAAAAAAAUUCCAAGAAAGUUUCACUGAAGAACAGACUAAGCACUUGUUCCAUGCAGUGUGGGGGGAAAAAAAAAAAGUAGCGAAGCAUAAAACUACAGCUGGCAAUGAACUGAUUGCUGAUUGACAUGUCUGGGUGGAGAGAAUCUCUGCUCAGAAAGGGCAAAAGAGAGACUGAACCAGGAGCACCAUCUUCUGCUUCUGAGAGGCUCAGCUGGCCUUUUACAAAUACACAUCUACAAACUGGUCUUCCACCAGCACAUAUAUCAAAGAUGAGAGAGGCAGCCUUAAGCUGCAGCAGGCAUCUUCCCCAAGAGCAGGAGCAGAGAGCAAUCCCAUCUGUGGUAUUAAAUGGGCACUGUAACAUCUUGCUGUCCUCUUCCAGUAUUUCCAUCAGUACACAGAUCACUGAGGUCAUCACAUCACUUCAGAGCACUGAGGUGACACUGCCUUGGCCUUCCAGACAGCACUAUGUACAGAUGACCAAAAGGCUUGGGGAAAAAACCCUCAAGUAAUUUGAAUGCAAUUAAAACAUCAUCCAUUCUGCCCUUGCAGGCAGUUCCCUUCCUCCAGCCAACUCAUUAUCAGUGCUGCUACAUAUUCCACUCACCCUCUCCAGUCCCAAAGGAAAUUCCCUUUGUCACUGGUUUGUUUAUCAGAACCUCUAUUCAACGCCCAAGCUACUUGCUAGCAUGCUCGUGACCUACAGCUUCUGGUACCAUUUUGUGUGUGUGUGUUUUGACAGGAACAAAACACUCUGUUCAUGAAGUUUAUGAAGCACCUUCCCCCCCAGCUUUCUAAGGAAAUUUUGCCUACUGAUUUAUUCCAAUCCCCUCCAAACAAAAAACCCAAUACCUCUUCCCCCGCCCCACACACACUUCCCUCAACCUAUAAGGCAACAAGACAUGCCAUUAUUGAUUAACCUUAACUUGAAGGAGGAACACACACAGAUUAUCUGCUGGUGCUCAGAAACAUGCUGGAAUUAUGUCUAGACCUGCAAACUUGGUUUACAGGAUUGAGAUGGACAGAGAGCUCUACCACUUGAUUGCUACAAGUUUUAGCCUGAAGCUAAAGCAUUAUAUUUGCAUUACAUAUGCCUCAAGAGUACGUAAGUAGCAAUGCAUUUAAUUUUACUUUUUGCCUUAAGCUAAGUGAAUUGAAUCUCAAAGCAGUGAAACAGUACCCACUUAAUACAAGAAUAUAUUGUGUUUAUCUGACAUAAUGCUCCCAUGGUCUUUCAGUAAGCAAAGACAAAGAACCUCUGCUACAUUCUCUUCAGUAAGUAAGAGCAACUUGAUUGGCAGAAAACAUCUUCAAAUUAUUUUUAAAUUUCUAUUUAAGAGAUGUUUACCUAGGCUUUUCCCCACAGCAAGCCUUUUCUAAGCUCUGUUAAGUACUCUGAAUGACAUUUAUAAAGCAAGGCUGGCCAAGAGACAAGAACCCAAUUUUGUGACAGAGUGAAGCACUCAGACAUUUGUCUUCCUUCUACAUUAAAAAGCAAGAAAUGCUUUCGCGCAUAAAUAAAAAGCAGCAAAGCACUUAUCUGGGAGAGUGGAGUUCCAAGUACCUAUUCCAAAUCAAAUCACUCCAAUGUUAGCAUCCCAUAUGGAUGGGCAAAUGCUCUACAUAUCGAGCAACUAGCUACUCAGAAUUCUCUGAAGGUCAAGAAAAGCCUCACACCAAAGCUAAAAAUUCUUCUCUGAAACAUGUCCGAAGUUCAUGCUUUGAGAAACUUCCAAGAAGCAGACAUUGUUCAGUAAAUGUCAAGAGGUAAGGCACACAAAACCCUUCCUAAAUCCCAUCCAACUCUGUUCAUUGCAUUCGAAGACCAGGGUAACAUUGGGUUCUGAAGGUUACCAAAUUUGAACUUUGGAAAACAUCUAUCAAUUCUGAAGCCAGAAGUGAGGGAAAAGAAAUCACUGCCCAGUCUGCACUGCAUCAUCAUGAUCUCAGUGCAUCAAGAAACUGCAAUUAUGUCAAGACUUGUAGUCAUAGUCUACAUCCAAAAAAUCCUUCUCUUUUUAACAUUUGUAAGAUUUUAAAGCCUCGGUAUCUCUCUACUGCACAAGCACAGUAACAGUAGUGGGGAAAAGCCACUGUACUUUCCCAGCAUCACUGCAAAAUCUCAGCAGGAACAGAACAGAUCCUUCCUUCCUCCUCUUUAAUUUUCAAUCAUCAUUUAAUACCUAACAGCUGCAGACUUCACUCAUGCUAUUAAAACACCUGUUCUAACAGCCUUUCUAUUUUACCAAGCUCAUCCAGUUGACACUGUAGGAAAA